UCAUGAAAAUGUGGGAGAUGAAAGUAAAAUUGAAGAAAAAGGCGAUUUGAUGAAAAUUGCAUGUAUAACAAUUGGCCUUUUACGAUCAAUGGGCCGCUUUAGUGAUCAACUUUCUUCGCCACUCUUUUCAUUUAUCUAUCCAAAACCUUUCGAUAUACUUUCUAAAAGAAACGAUGACGAACCGCAAUGCACAUCAAGCUUAAUUUGAAUACUGACUCUUCAAAUUGGUUUUGGAAUGAUCAAAAAACAGAAGAAUCUAAUCUUCAACGCAAAUUAUUUACCCGACAUGGGAGCAGUUUUGUAAAUACAAGAAGGAAAGGAACAGCAAAAUUUUCUUAUUGUUUUGAUGAAAUUUGUCGGUUGAAUGUUAAUAUCAAAAAACUUUUAAAUUUUGAUUUCUUGAAGAAACUGGAUUUGUAUUCCGAACAAGUUUUUCAAAGCUCUGAAUUACGCAAAUUUCCUUACAAAACAAUUUCUGAAACUUUUAUUCUUGUUUCACUUACAUUUUUGAGAGAUAUUUUAACUAAUUUUACAAUUGGAGAAAAGGAUGGUGAUAUAUCGGAAAAAUUUGCUAAUGAGCUUAACGAUUUUACCCUUUCAAUUUUUAAAUAUUGCCAAGAAGCAAUAACUGUUCAAAGUCAAUUAGAUGAUAGAUCACAGUCAAAUACAAUAGAUAAGAGAGCAAAAAAUAAUGCUUACAGAAGUACAAUUCUUGAUAAAGAAAUUGUUGUUAAUCGUGUAAAAAUGUUGGUUAUUGGCAACUCGAUUUGUUUGGAAUUAAUUGUGUGGAGUUCUACUGACGAAAAUGGUUUAUUUUUAUUUUUUUUCUUGAUGAUUUUUUAA